CCUUCGGCCCCCCAAAAUAACUCACGAGGACGAACACUAUCGCAGCAAAGGCGGGGGAGAAAAAAAAAGAGAGAGAAAAAAAGGAGAAAAUCCCGUUUUCUCCGAUCGGAGCUGGUGGUGAGGCGACGCGACCGAGACGAGGCGAGAUGAGGGGGACGAAGCGGCCGCUCGGCGUGGUGACGUCGUGGGUGCGGCGGCAGCCGCCCAAGGUGAAGGCCUUCCUCGCCGUAGUCACGGGCAUGGCGGCGCUCGUCUUCAUCCGGUUCAUCGUCCACGACCACGACAACCUCUUCGUCGCCGCCGAGGCCGCGCACGCGCUCGGCAUCGCCGUACUCAUCUACAAGCUCACCAAGGAGAAGACCUGCGCCGGACUAUCCCUCAAGUCUCAGGAUUUAACUGCAUUAUUUUUAGCCGUUAGACUAUACUGCAGCUUUGUCAUGGAGUAUGACAUUCAUACCGUGUUGGAUACUGCUACACUUGUGGCUACACUUUUUGUUAUUUACAUGAUUCGGUUCAAAUUGAGGUCAACUUAUAUGGUGGACAAGGACAAUUUUGCAUUGUACUAUGUGGUGGUACCUUGUGCCGCGUUGGCGCUACUUAUUCAUCCUUCAACAUCUCACAACAUUGCAAACCGGUUCAGCUGGGCGUUCUGUGUUUACUUGGAAGCUGUUUCAGUUCUGCCACAACUGCGUUUGAUGCAAAAUACUAAGAUUGUGGAACCGUUCACAGCUCACUAUGUGUUUGCACUGGGGGUUGCGAGGUUUCUUAGCUGUGCGCACUGGGUUCUUCAGGUUCUGGAUACUCGUGGCCGUCUGUUAACUGCUCUGGGCUAUGGUUUGUGGCCGUCUAUGGUGCUCCUAUCAGAAAUCGUGCAGACAUUCAUCCUUGCAGAUUUCUGCUACUACUAUGUGAAGAGUCUGGUUGGUGGGCAACUGGUGCUACGGCUCCCCUCCGGGGUGGUGUGAGAACUUCAGCGGAACACACAACUUGUUGGCUAGGUUCACCUUCUGCGUCUCUCGCCAAGCCCGAGCCCAGAGCUGUUUUUACUCGAUGUUUCAGUUACAACUGUUAGUCAGAAAAUUAAACCAGACAUAGGUUGUUGAUGCUGACUGUUUAUAACUCCGUAUGCCCUGACCUAAUUUGAGUACUUAGCUUUCCAUAUGGUUAUCGCAAUUUUUAGAACAGCAUGUCAGUUAUGAACUUACGACAGUGCCCUCAUGACAUCAACCUGUGUGAAAAACUUGUGAUAUGAAAUGUAUGCUCGGAAGCAUCGGACGAAA